CCUCUCGCACCUCCACAUGUGGCGGAUGAGUCAGCCAGCAGUACGCUUGACCCCCACAGCUGUUAUUGGGCACAAUGUCAGCCUGAAAACCUGCCUGGUGUUUUCUCUGCUAAGAAAACAGUGUUGUUGUCGUUGGGUGCCGACGUCCUCACACGAUCAGUUGACCAAGCUGCCCACGCCAGGAUGCAGAGAAAUGUUUCCGCCUGUUUGCCAUCACCGCUUUGUUGACUGCUGGUGGACCUAGAAGAUUGGUUUUCAAGUUCCGUCUUCUUACUGUGCGGUAUUAAGGUGUGAUUUAAAAAAAAAUCUCUUCCUUCUUUGGAAGCGCCUGGUGAUCAUUUUGUGGCCACGCGCAGUAAUGCGAGCAGAAGGGGCUCGCGGACACCGGGACUGAGCGGCGGAGAUCUCGAGGACAACGUGCGCGUCUUUCUUGGAUACAUCUCGGAGAUAAACUGCGCUUUGGCUUUUUCUCAGCCUGCGCGUCUUUUCUUGGCUUUGCGAUGUCCGAAAGAAAUACACUGUUGGAGGAAAAGCAGGCUAAAAACGGAACGUCUAAAUAUGUGUUGGAGAGAUGCGCUUCUGUUAACGAAUAUUAUGAUAUUGCCUUCAAGGUGAUGCUGCUGGGAGACUCGUCCGUGGGGAAGACGUGUGUCUUGGUGCGCUUUAAAGACGGGGCAUUUCUGGGAGGCAACUUUAUAGCCACCGUUGGAAUAGACUUUAGGAAUAAAGUGGUGGAUGUCGACAACCUGAAAGUCAAACUCCAGAUCUGGGACACAGCGGGCCAAGAGAGAUUCCGAAGCGUAACGCACGCCUACUACAGAGAUGCCCAGGCGUUACUUCUGCUUUACGAUAUCACCAGUAAGCUGUCAUUUGACAAUAUCAGGGCUUGGCUGACUGAAAUUCACGAGUAUGCCCAGAAGGAUGUGGUCAUCAUGUUGCUCGGCAACAAGGCAGACGUUGCUGCAGAGAGGGUCGUGAAGACGGAGGAUGGAGAGAAACUGGCGAAGGAAUACGGUGUACCAUUUAUGGAGACCAGUGCGAAGACCGGAGUCAAUGUGGAGCUGGCCUUUCUCGCCAUAGCAAAGGAGUUGAAGCACAGAGCCACACAGCAGCAGAAUGAGCCCAAGUUCCAGAUACACGACUACAUCGAGUCUCAGAAGCACAAGUCUGGCUGCUGUGGCCACAUGUAGCUGACAAUGAUCCCAAGGCAGAGACACACAGAGAGAGAAGGAGGGGAAGGAAGGGAGGGAGUUGGAUCGAGGUAAAAAUAAAAUAAAGUCUGCUCUCUAACAUAAAAGCCAAUCCCAGCACCAAACCUGAGAAGCAGACAACCUCGACUACACCACUGGGCUUUAAACUCAAAUGGAAAGUGAAUCUGGAUUGGCCGCCAUCCCUUAUCUGAAAUGUGAAUUUGAAACUCUUUUUAUGUCAGUUGUAGAAAUGUUUGUGAUCUUUGUGGUGACAGUUGUAUCAAAUUAGAAGUCAGGAGUUGCAAUCUGAAAUGCAAUAUCUCCAGGGACACGGAAAACAUAAUUAUCUUUCUAUUCUAAAAAGCUGCAAACGCAUCAUUGGUCGUUUUGGAUGAAAACUAUGGCACCCUUGUGAUCGAUGUAGAUCUGAAGAGUUUAUCAUUUGGGAAGAGGAGAUGGGCAGACACAAUAAGGGUAACAACUCACUCAAAUUCGUUUCAGGGUAAAAUAUUCAAUUCAUGUGGUUGUGCGCUGAAGACAGCACGGUUCUCGGCAGGUGUUGUCUUUACCGCCAAAGAAUGGAAAUAGAUCCUUGCGUUUCUUGGCUCCUGCAAAUGCUAUUGCAACUGGCAGGGGUCAAGAUGCAAGUCUUUUUAUAGUGUGCAGCAGGAAUCAGUCGAAACCCAUUAAAUUAGUUAGCCUUUUUGCAAUACUGGUUUUUUUCCUUAACUUUUGCAACUUGUAGAUUCAUCAAUGAAUCCCUCUGAGAGGAAAAGCUUUUGUAUGACAGGUAAGGAGUUGUGAUGUUGACAUCGAUGCAACCCUGGUGUAGUUGCGAUUGCAUAUAUGUUUUCAAAAAUCAGUACAGUUCCUUGUGAAGAUUGGCUUGCUGGGAAAAAAAAGUAUCAUAAACUUUUAUUUGCCGACUUACUUACAAAAAUACUUCACCCCUGCAGCACAGCAGAGAAUAAGCCUGAACCACACUUUCAAAUCCAAGUAGGCGUCUGUAACUUUGUGAGUUUUGUUUGUUCCAGCAGCAGACACUGAAAAAACGGAGUUCGAUCAAAUUCUCACAAGUGCCACAUUUUUCAUCCUGCAGUCUGCAGAGCCGGACUCAUGAUUAAUGGCAGUUUUAUCCAAACAAUCAAUACGACUGUUGGUGUGGAUAUCGCAUUUUGCCCUGCAGCUCUUCGUUUGUUUCCAUCCCUGUUUGACCAGGCUGUGAACUGAACCCCCUUUUGGCCUUACAGUCCUACUCAUUAUUUCCUUUGAUAAUUUGGCGUGUUUGAGAAGUGGACGUCAGUCUCACAGUCAGAUUGUAGCUCAAAUGAUCAUGUCUGUUCGCAUCUGUACUGCUGUUAGGUAGAAUAAAGCCAACUUUUUAAGGGCGCUCGCCCGCUGUGUGUCUGUCUGUACAUUCAAUUCAGGGCCAGUGACACUUCAUUUAAAGUACUGUACAUGUACGUAAAUGUGCUGGUUGAGUAACCCACUGUCACACCGGGCCUUAUACAAAGAGAUAAUUAUCAUUAUUUUCUCAUCUUUUGGUUAGAGAUACCUUUGCAUGCUAUUUACAUUUUAACCAUUCGCAAACACAGACAUGCUCGCAGAACUCCCGGAACAUAGAUGUGUCUCCUCUAAAGAUGGAUGUUGUUGUGUAGACUGUACCCAAGCUGUAUUUGUUCAUGCACCACAUUUUGUAACUCGUUUCUUUGUACAAUGUUCAUUAUGAAUGUUUGCUUGUGGAAUUUGCUGGCUGUCACAUUCGUCCCUCUACUGAGGCGUCACAGUGAUCACAAAGUGCCAUGAAAAAGUGCUUUGUUAUCAUAUUAGAUAUAUAAAACAAAGUAUAUUUUGUAAUGUA